AUGAAGCAGGCAAUUGAACAAGCAGGAUCUAUGUUCACUGGCUGGAUAUCCUCCUGCUCAUUCUGUGUGCACUCCGGGGAUGACGAGGCGAGUUACGACCAUCAUCAACAAGCCAUGCAGCGCAAAGGUGCCGAACGGGAGAUGAAGAUAUGCCACACCCAGCAACCGCGUCUCAUUCCCCCGAUGAAGCCUUUCGUCUACGAUGAAGCUCCCACCCCGCCACGCCCUCAACCCCGGGCUCCAUCCUUCCCCUCAUGGAUGCUCGAAAGCAAGAACCGGGCCAGCAUCUCCCUGAAGAGAAAAUCGACCGCCGCACCGCCCAUCCGCAUCAGUGCCCCGUCCGACUUCCGACGAGUGUCGACUUUCCUGCCCGGCGCUGAUAUUGCAGCCGCAGACGGCGGAUUCUACUCUCCGCUGGAGCUGAGCUUCAACGUCCCGGGCCGCCAGCUUCCAGCGCUUCCUCAUUUCGAUGAUUUCCCUCUCGAGACCGAUCGUCGUUCCCCGAUCAGCCUCAUCCGGCCUCCGCGAGCCGUAGCCCUAGCCGGCGAGAACGCUCGUCUGCCUCUGUCUCAGCCUCAGCCCCGAAGCCAACAUAGACCAACUUCAUCAUUUCAGCUACCCCGUAAGCCUGUGGGGUCUGGCUCACGUCGUUCGUCCCUCGCAGCGCACGAAUAUCUUGGGUUUGGGGAGAGACAAGCCACCACCACCACCACCACCAACAGCAAAAGCAGUGCCUUCAUCCCUCACUUCUCGAGUCGUGGCUCUUCUGCCGUCGCUAUCGUGCCAGGCACGAACACAGACGAGCAAAAUCCACGCCGACAGCCCAACAAUACAGCAGCAGCAGCAGCAGCAGCAGCAUCCAAACCCCCCAGAACACCACCCUACCCCCCCAACCUGCAGGACAGGCCCUUACCAAGCAUCCCCACCGCCGAGGAGGAAGCAGAAGAAGGAGAAAACUCCCCGUCAUCGCGAAGCACAACCUCCCACAGUCAUCCUCCCCGAACCCCCUCCGACGACCGCGAGCGAACCCCGUCCCGCUCCGGCCGCGUCACGCAAUGGCUCUUCCACGCCACGAGCAGCCACAGCAGCAGUCCAACCACCACCAAAAACCACUCCCCGGCCCCCUCCCCUCCCACCUGGCCGAACCUGAACAAGGAAAACCAGUCCCAAAAGAGCGGUAACAGCCCCUUCCGCAUCCGCUCGCGCACCCUCAGCGGAUCGACGCUCGCUUCCUCGAUCACCAAUCUAACCGGAGGAGGCUUCAAGAGCAGCACGGCAACCACCACUUGCCCUGCUCCUGCAGCAGCUGCAUUUCCCGCGAAGGGGAUCUCAAGCAAAGAGCUAGGCAGUCCGUUCACCCCGCGCGUGCCAGAAGACCGCAGCAUGUACCCCACCAUCUUUGAGAGCGAACAUCACCAGCAGCAGCGGCAGUCUCACCACUCCCACUCCCACUCCCACCAGGACCAACACCAAGAAGGAGAGUACGAAGACCUGCGCCAAUCCCAGUACUACGAGAACUACCGCCACUCGGCCGUUGGCCUUGCCUUCUGA